CAUAUUUACAUUUCCUAGCGCAAUACAAUGCUCUCUACCAGAACUUUGCUGUGCUGCAAGUUUAAGUAGAAUAAUCUACGCAUAUAGUUCGUUAUCAUGUAUAUAUGCACACAUACACACCGCUAUAUAAUUGUGUAUAUUAUGCCGGCGUCCUACACAGUGUUCAUUUAUACUGAGAAUGAUGCAUGUAUCAGUAACCGUUAUAAGAUAUACGUGUGUUAUCAAAUAUACUAUGUAGUAUUUGAUAAAAAAAUUGAUUUUUUUUUAAUAAUGGUUUUACUUUGUAACUGAUCAAGUGUAGGCUGAAAUGGAGGGGGAAUACUCUGGUUUCCGGGUAAACGUACCCUAAUAUAGCUCCUUAUUAAGGAAUUUUACGAUAUGUAUACAUAGCUAGGUAAUAUGUAAUUAUGCGCGUAAAAUUAUAGUUAUCAGUGUACUCUGACUUUGAAUUUAUUAAAAAAAAAAAACUCACGGAUAAUAUAAAUGGAUAGGACUCGGACGGGUGAAUACGGAUUCCCGAAAUGAAUUGGGUGACUACUUCGAUCACAAGCGAAUUGACGUAGACGCAGCGACUCAAUAGAACUUACGUAAUCUUGACUUCGUUCAUGCUACAUUAGAAUGGGCCAUAAGUACAGCGUAAUAUCCACUGAUCUGUUCAUAACAAAACAUCAAAGGUCUUUUGCAUCACCAACCGUACGACGUUUUUGGCUGUAAAAAAUAUGGAAGUUGUAUCAAUUGCCCUAUAACGCAUGCGCGUCAAGUAGUUACCUCUUGUUGAGGUCCACUUGGCAACACCAGCAUGACGCGGACGAUGCGACGUUUCACCGAAGCACCGACGCCGUUCGUUGUUGAGAGGGGAGCAGGAGAAGGUCAACGUGGCAACACCGCGUUCUUCAUUUAUCUUGGGUCGCUCGUGUGGUUGUUUCGCUUCGUUCCUCUGCAUAAAUAGAAUGCAAAGAUUAAGUAUUGAGCGAAACUAAUGGAGUCGCUGCAACAUUUUUAACAUCCCUUAUGACAAUGGAUGCAGUCAAAAUAGAUGCACUGCCUACAAAUAAGUCUUUAAUUAGUAGUAAAGUACCAGAUACAACUGAUAUUUCGAAGGAAAAAGAUGAUGACAUCUUAUUUGUUGAUGAUAUCGAUGAAGACGAUGAUAAUGAACAGAUCCGUUUAAGACUUUCGGAUGAUGAAGAAGUUGAACAGGAUAUUACUUCAAGGCAUGGCGAAAGUCAACAAACAAACUUAGAUAAUAUAAUAAAUGAUCUCGAGUUCGAUGUGCAUAUAGCUGUUGCUUCAAAGAAUUCAUCGAAACAUCUUUAUAAAGACUUGGUGAACAAUAAAAAAUCAACAAAAACACAAGAAGAUAAAACUAGAUUAGCUGAAGAAGAAGAUAGUUCUGGAAACAGUAGUUUGGAUGAGAGAUCAAUAAAUGAAACAAUUGAUGGUAUAAAUGAAGAAGAGUUUACAAUGAGUGGAAAUGAUAGAGUACCACCUCUAAUUCAUAAUUCUCCUAAGUAUUGGUCAAAUAAUUUUGAUAAUCGAUGGAAAGGUGCAAAUAACCAACCUCGAGGUCGGCAUAGUUUUCCCCAUCGAAAUUCUAAUGACUGGGUAAGAAAUAGUACCGGAGGAAGUUAUAAAGGUCAUUCUCGAGAAAACUAUGAUAGAGAUUCUAGAAGAAAUGAUGGUAAUGAAUCACCUAAAUUGAAGAAUAAGAUAUCUAGUUCAGAAGGUACAAAUCAUUCCGUACAAGAAAAUGGUGUUGACAAUGAUUUACAAUCAAAAGAAAAUGAUUCUUUUGUGCGUAAUGACAAAUCGACUAAUGAAAAUUCAAAACCAAAUAACAAAGAAACUGAAAACUCUGAAGUAAAAUCUGAUUUAAAAGAGAACCAGCAAGAACCUGAUGAAUCAAAAACAUCAGCUGAAGAAAUAUGUGUAAUAAACAAUGGUAAAAGUGAUGGUAAUAUUUUGAAAAAUAAUGUAGAAGAAAAUUGCGUAACAGAAAAAUCUGCUGACACUAAAAGCAAUAGCGAUGGUGCUCUAUCUUCAACUAAAGAAUGUGAUGCGUCAAUGACGGAAGUUAAAAUUGUGACAGGUGAGUUACAUAAAGAAAAAGAAGAUAAAGAUGGUAAAAACAAGUAUAGUUCAUCAGGAACAGAAAAAGAUAUGAAAGUCGCUGAAAAUAUGUUCGAUGCAGCCAAAUUGGUGGGCAGUGAAGUAUUUGAUAAAACAUCACAUGAUGAUGAUAUUUCAGAAAAAGAUAAAUAUGAGAAUUCGAUGGAAGUAGAUGGUAAUAAUGAAAAUUUGUAUAGUAUUAGGGAUGAAAAUAGUAGUAAUAGUACAAUGAGUACUUUACCUGGCAAUUCCAAAGACAUUUGUGCAAAAGAUAAUAGAAAUACCGACACAAAUAUUGGUGGAAACCUGAAAAAUGAAAUAAAAGUUAAAGAUGAUAGCAUGAAGCAGAAAGAAAACGGUACAAAUGAGAACAGUGAUAAGAAAUUAAAUGAUAAUGAUAACAUUGAUUCAGAUUCAAAUCAUUCGAUAGAAAUCCCUGAAUUGGACAGUAAAGGUAGUCAAAUUAAAAAUAGUAAUAAUAUUACUGAAUUAAUGGAAAUUGAUGGCGAAUCUUCUAAUUCCCUUUCAAUGACAAUUGCAGAAAGUAAAGACUCAGAAUCAAAUAUUCCACAGCCUUCAUUAGACAACAAUGAAAACAAUUUUUCACAAAGGUCUCCAUUGCAAACUGCUGAUGAUAGCCAUAAACCAGAAAAAACUGAGAAAUCUAUGGAACUAGAUAAAAAAGUAGAUGAUAUCCAAACUGUAGGAAGAGAUGCAUUCAGUUCACCUGACAUCACUGAUGAGCAAGAAAACUUGAAUGUCGAAGAGGUUGAUUUAGCAGAUGAUGAGUCAGAAAGUGCGACUGCUUGCUCAAAAGAAGAUGGUAAUGAUAGUUCACAAGCCAGUAUUGAUAUUACAGAGAGCACAUCCUCAGACAAUCAUAAAGAUACAUCACUAACAGUUCCUAUUACCACUGUAGAUAAGGAUACGGUCGACGAAAGUAAUGAGAGCGGACGUGCGGUUGUUCACAAAAGACGACGUAGGAAAAGAUUGAGUGGCAUCAUCUAUCACGAAGUACCACCAAGCGACGUCUUAACUGAAAAUGGGGUUCGCCAGAAGCGUCGCUCAGCUCGCAAUGCUGAGGAGAUGAUCCGGAAGGAGAUCAUGAAGAACGACGAGGAGGACGAGGAUUCGGACGAAAAGGCAGGUCGGAUGGUGUCGGUACAGUACAAAAUCAAGCCGAAUAGCACUAGUCUUCAGCCACAGUCACCGUCGUCACUCAAGCGAUCCUUUGAGGACGCAGAUAGCGCCAUCGAGUCACUCACCCUCAAGAAGAUCAGGUCGUCUUCUGAGGUUGUGGUCACACCUAUUGUAAAGUCGCCUGACAAGGAGAAGAAGGAGUUAACGCCCAAGAGCAAGGAGAGUAUUGCCGAGACCCGAGAAUUGGUCAGAAAGAUAUCGCAGGAGGAUAUCAGGGGCAAACUUCAGAAGAUGACAUCAGAGGACAUGGAAGCUCUAUUGAUUCAAAAAAUCGUCGAAUGCAUAACAAUACGCGGUGAAAUGGGAAAGCUUCGAGAACAAGCGCGCGCGUCGAAGAGAAACCAGGAAGCCACGAGACUCAAGUGUCAGCAACUUCAGAAACAAGUCGAAGGAUUCGAGAUGGUUUUAAGGCGUUUUACAUUCGAUAAGAAUAGUAAUAGCGACAAAUACUUACCGCCUAUCAAAAUCAACAGGUCCGUCGGUCUUCAAGUGAACUUCUUAUCGCAGGAGAGCGGCAUACAAAACCUAAAACAGAUCGCGGCAUCGAAAGGAGCACAUGGAUCGAACACCUCCAACGUCAGUAUCACGAGUCCAAACGUUACUACCUCCGUCGUCAGUAAGCCCAAUCCUUCGAUAGUGCAGGAUAAUCGCCUGCAGAAUCAGAGUCCGCGCAAAAUGCUGAAAACGAGGUCACCGAGAAGACCCGAAGUCGGUACCAUCGUCCACACUGGUCCCGUUGUGAGUACGGCGACACCCACUGCCCUGGUUAUGGGUAAACCGGUCAAUGCAGAGCCCAAACGCACCAUUACCCUACAGAACGGUGCUAAUAUCGUACAGCUCAUGCCACCCGGACAGCAACAGACUGUUGUCGUUAACUCAACUGUUGGUGGACCUAGUACUGGGAGCGCAAACAACCGGCAAACCAAUUUGACCAUACAGAGGACGACUUCUGCCACACCAACGGUUACCAAGGCCAGUGAUCUUAUCGAUCUGACUGAUGAAGAGGAUAAGACUAAAAAUGGACGCUGUAAUUUUAAAGAAAAAUUUUUUCCAGCUUCUGUGGUUACUCCUAUUACAACCAUAAAUUCAAGGUUGCCUCGAGUGAUACAUACCGUCCCGAGCAGCGUUGCGAUAACAAACGCAACCAACCUUCGGCUUGUGCAAACCGGUUCUCCCAUGUCCCAAACUGCCAUAGUUAGUAACAACGCUCCAAGAUUAGCCUACGUAAUGCAGGGAAGUGUAAAUGGAGGAACUAGGCAACUAGUAUUAACGAGUACGAACCCGAUAAGACCAGUUACCAGUGUUCCCACAAGAAACAUUUCGACAAUUAGUUACAAACCAGGUGUGCCAACAUUGACUAAUGGAACGGUCAGAGUGUUAACAACCCAAGCUCCUACUGCAAUGCAGGCGCCAAGGCAUCCUGCACCAUUGCCAGAAACCCCGUCGCCGGAAUCGAAUCCACUAUGGAAAUUACCACCGCCCGCUCCAUCGUUAAAAAUCUCUAAAGUGGCGACUGGCAUAGUAUUGUCAUGGAACAUGACUUUAACUGAUAAGUUUGCGGAAAUAGUUAGUUAUCAAUUAUACGCUUAUCAAGAGGUCGCAGGAACCAAUCCCAAUGCAGCUCUUUGGAAGAAAGUCGGCGAUGUCCGAGCGUUGCCGCUUCCCAUGGCUUGUACUUUAACUCAGUUUACAGAAGGAAAUAAUUAUUACUUUGCUGUAAGAGCCGUCGAUGUACAUUCCAGAUUUGGACAAUACAGCAAACCCGGAAAUAUUUCUCUCUAAGCAAAAGAGAAUAAAAAUUAUUGAGGUUAAAUGUCGCCUGAUUUUCGUCGCUCUAACCUAACGUUAAUUUGGUUUUUACCGUGCGUACAAAAGGUUCAUUUCAAUACAAAAGGUCUACUUUUACUAAAAUUCUGUAAUAUAGUUGCGGACUCGAUAAACAAAUUUUGAAACUACUGCUGCGUUUUUCAUAAAUACAUACGUAAUAUAAAGAUAUUCCAAUUUUUUAACGGGUUUUACUUUUUGAAAAAAUGUAUGUGAACGAAAUUUUAAGUUAGUUCGACCAAGUGUUCCUUUUAUUUUUGUAUUUGUAUCGAGUAAAAACGUCGAAAGAUUUUAAAUUUGCCAUGUCGUUAAAUUAAUUGUACGAAGUGUUAAAAAAAUUUGCAAUGUCAAUCAUUACAGGAGAAAUUCAAAGGUACUUGCGUUGUACUUCACUGCCUUUAAUUAUUUCAUGAAACAAGCCAGAAAAUUCUUAUGAUGACUUUUCACUGUCUAUUUCAGUAAAUAUCAUCUUUUAUGUAACUGUAACUAUUAUUAUUUGUAAGCUCUUAUUUAUUUGUUAUGUGAAUUAUGUAAAAAAAAGUAUGAGCUAUAAACGAGCUUGGUGAUAAAAAAGAAAAACUUCAAUUGAACAUAAUCUCAAUUAAAUUGAAGUUAACUAAUGAAAAUAGGUACUUUUGUAUACAACCGUUAGACGAAUUUAUAUUAAAAACCUAAAUAAGUUAUGAUGUACGGCUUAAGAGUUUCAAAAUUUCCUGUAAAAGAAUUUAAUGUAUAAAUGAUGAUAUUAUGUCAAAGGGGAAAAGUUAAGUAAGUUUUGUACAUAACACACGAAUUGCUGAUAAGUUAAUUAUUAUCUAGGGUAACUUUGUAUAUGCUUUGUCAAGUAGUAAUUAUAAAAAUUAAAUACAUAAAUGUUUCCGACAAAAUACUUUUUUGUACAAUUAUUUUGAGUGUUUGAAAUCGCCAUGUUACUCCAGCUGUCGUUUAAGGAAAAUACAAAUCAUGGCGUUAUCAAAGACACACUUCGCAUUUGCGAGAAUUACAAUUUUGAGUUUGAAUUAUUAAUCAGUGUUCGUAAAAAUAAUAAAUAUGCUAAAAAUCGUGAAA